AUACGUAAAAAAAUUUUUAAAUUGCUUUUUGUGAAACAAAAAAUGAGUAAAAAACUGAUUGAUUUAAAUGACGCAAAACAAAGUUUUGUUGAAUUGAUGCGAUCAUUGAACGCAACUGAUCAACAAAAAUUUUUAGUAUUUAUUAUGAAGGAAUGGAAACUUAAACCAUCUAUGACUUAUAAUGAUUCAGGGGAUGAUGCAUGUAAUAAUAAAAAAUUAAUGGAUGAGUCAAUGUCUAUUUUAAAUUCUAUUGCUUCUGAUAUUAAACAAAAGAUUCUUUUUAAUGCUAUAUUGUCAUCUGAAAAUUUUAUCACUCCUUUAACAGGAGAGAAUUCAGAUUGUGAUCCUAGUGUCACAUUGCAUAUGGAUGAGUUCCUUUAUAAUGAUGAAGAUAUUGAUAAGCUCAUAGAUAGUAAUCAAUUAGAAAGAUACUAUUGCACUGAUUGUAGAUCUAGAAAUAUACAACCAUUAAUUUAUUUAUCACACUCCAUGUCACAGGAUGGAUUGUACUUUAUAUUUAAAGUGCUACUGCCUGCUUUGGAAAACAAAACUAUACUUGACAUAGGAUCAAGAUUAGGUGCAGUUCUUUAUGGGGCAUAUGUAUAUACAGAUGCUAGAAGAAUUAUUGGUGUUGAAAUGAACAGAGAAUUCUGCAAUCUCCAAAAUGAAAUUGUAUGUAAAUUUAAAAUGGACAAUCGUAUAUCUAUUUUGCACAAAAAAAUAGAAGAGGUUCCAGAGAUAAUCGAGCAAAGUGAUGUUAUUAUCAUUAAUAAUGCAUUUGAAUUUUAUUUAUCGAGAGAUGUACAAAUAGACAUAUGGAAAUGUUUGAGAACUGCAAUAAAACCAGGAACGCUGCUUGUAACUCGUCCAUCUAUCGAAACAACUUUUAAAAUUUUACUAAUCGGAAUUUCGAUAGAAAAAUGGUUAAAACCUUUUAAAAAACCAGAUUUUAAUAAAUUUCCUUUUUUAUUUGAUUAUGAAGAUAAAUUCUCUGAAAUAUGGUGUUAUGAAGUUCUCUAA